GAAAAAACAGGAAGUCGCUUUUGUUGUCUUGGCCGAGGAAGAGCAAGAUGUCUUCCCUGGACGUUCAGGAUUUUAUCCAGCAAAACCGAGCUGUGGCCGAGCAGGUGGAGAAAUACAGAGGCUACUGGGAGAGCGACAAGCACUGGGAGCCCAGGCGGGAGUUCAUCCUGCGGAACUUGAACGACUUUGAAGACUCGCAGCUGGACCACCUGCUCUCCCUCUCCAUGGUGUGGGCCAACAACGUCUUCCUCGGCUGUCGGUAUAGCACAGAGCUGCUGGAAAAAGUGAAGGAAAUGGCUGAAGGCAUCGUAGUGGAGGACGCACCGGUCUUCAAGACGAGAGAUGAGAUUGUUAAGAAGCAACAGGGUCGAUGACCGGACCAGUCAUGCUGGAUCAACACAGACUGGAUUCAGCUUUUAUCACUAUUUUUUUUAAUAGUUUUACAAUCCUGGUGUUUUUAAUAGUUGUGAGGAGUUCAGACAUCAAAAGACAUUUUUAUUUUGAGCAAAAAAUCUGGCCUCUUUAGACUUUUUAUUUGUGCACAAACAGCAGUGGUGUCUGCGGGAGUUUGUGAGCCCCACUGCUCGACUAUUUCAAUCACAGUUUAACUUUUUUUUAAAAAUGUGUUUUUUAAAUGUAACUUCAAACUAAAGAUGACACUGGUGUUCUUGUCUAAAGAUCAAUA